AUGGAAAACGUAGUCCUUGAAUUUACGAAGGAAAUCAAGCUGUUAGGAGUAAUUAUCGAUGAAAAGCUUUUGUUCAGAUCUCAUGUGCGCUAUGUUACUGACAAGGCCAUGCGUAUAUUCCAACGAUUAUGUUUGUACGUAAGACCGACCUGGGGAGCGCAUCCUGCAAAUGUAAAUAUUAUUUACCAUGGGGUUAUUGAACCAAUAGUCACGUACGCUGCGGGUAUUUGGGGACACGCUGCCAAGAAAAGAUGCAACCGCAAGACACUAGAGAGUGUGCAAAGAGGUUUUGCCCUCAAAGCUAUAAAAGGAUUUCGAACUGUAUCGACCAUAGCCGCACUAGCAUUGGCGCAGUUCACUCCACUAGAUUUAAAAAUCUGGGAAGUAGCAAAUGUAGAAAGAACCCGACUAUUGGGUACUACUGAUCUUUUACCUACGGAUAUAACACUAGAAAAGCCCACCCCAGUGCACAAACUACUGCACCCUGCGUCUAGAGUUACCAUCCCCCUCCAUUUUGCUGAUAACCAGGAGAAGGCGAAUGACUUUGUAAGACCUGACACAGUGGCCAUAUACACUGAUGGCAGCAAACAGGACACAGGGGAGGUAGGAGCGGCUUUCGUGUGUUGCAACCCAGAAGCCACUGUGCCUGUCACUAGAAAGAAAUUUAAGCUGCAUUCUAGCUGCAGUGUGUAUCAGGCUGAGUUGCUUGCAAUAUCCCGAGCCUGUGAAUGGGCAAUUACCCACCAAUACUCACAUACAGUCAUAUACUCUGAUUCUCUGUCAUCAAUCAAAGCCAUUCAGAAUCGCAGCAAUACCCAUCCAAUUGUUUCACGCAUUCAUAAUGAUCUUCAUCAUGCCAACAAUCCCAUUAACAUUGUUUGGGUCAGAAGCCAUGUGGGUAUUGUAGGCAACGAGGCUGCAGACGCGGCGGCUGGAGAGGCCUGUCGCCUACAUAAAGCUCCUGAUUACCAUAAGUUUCCACUGUCGUAUGCUAAAGCUUUAUAUAAGAAAAACAGUCUCCUUACGUGGGAAAAGAGGUAUAUGUCUGCUGAGCAAGGCUCACACACCAGGAAGCUCCUCCCCCAUCUCAACAAUAUAAGAGACCUCUUCUCCAGAACAGAACGCUCCUUUCAUCUCAGUCAAGUUCUCACUGGACACGGAUACGUCAAGAGUUAUCUCAUGCGCUUUCAUAUCACCGACAAUUCAUACUGCCCAUGUGAUGGAAACAGUGAGCAAACGUUUGAACAUCUCUUCAAUAAUUGUCCUAUUUUUGGAAGAGCCCGUUACGACCAUGAACAAGUGUGCUGA